CCGGCGGCGCGGCCCCAUGGAGCCAUGGCGCAUAGGGCGCCGAGCGGGCGGGCCCCGGCCCCGGCUCCGGCUCCGUCCCGGCGGCUGGCGCGGAGGGUCCUGGUGCUGUUCACGCUGUCGCUGUCCUGCUCCUACCUCUGCUACAGCCUCCUCUGCUGCUGCGGCGGCCCCGCCGCGCCCCGCGCCCGCUGCGCGCCCGCCCGCAGCGCCGCCGCCAAGAAACUUCUGCAGAAGUCGCGGCCUUGCGGGCGGCCCCCCCCCGCCGAGCCCCCCGCGCCCGCCCGCCGCCCGCGGGACCCCCCCGGCAGCCCCCCGGGGCCGGCGCGCCCCGGAGCCAAGCGCCUGCCGCAGGCCAUCGUGGUGGGCGUCAAGAAGGGCGGCACCCGCGCCGUGCUGGAGUUCAUCCGCGUGCACCCCGACGUGCGCGCCCUGGGCACCGAGCCCCACUUCUUCGACAGGAACUACGAGCGCGGGCUGGAGUGGUACAGGAGCCUGAUGCCGCGAACGCUCGACAGCCAGAUCACAGUGGAGAAGACCCCCAGCUACUUCGUCACCAAGGAGGCCCCCAGGCGCAUCUUCAACAUGUCCCGGGACACGAAGCUGAUCGUGGUGGUGCGGAACCCGGUCACCCGCGCCAUCUCGGACUACACGCAGACGCUCUCCAAGAAGCCGGACAUCCCCACCUUCGAGGGGCUGUCCUUCCGCAACCGCAGCCUGGGGCUGGUGGACACCUCCUGGAACGCCAUCCGCAUCGGGAUGUAUGCCGUGCACCUCGAGAGCUGGCUCCAGUACUUCCCCCUCUCCCAGAUCCACUUUGUCAGCGGGGAGAAGCUGAUCACGGACCCAGCGGGGGAGAUGGGCAAAGUCCAGGACUUCCUGGGCAUCAAACGGGUUAUCACAGACAAGCACUUCUACUUCAACAAGACGAAAGGCUUUCCUUGCCUGAAGAAGUCGGAGAGCAGCGGCUUGCCUCGCUGCCUGGGCAAGUCCAAAGGCAGGACUCAUGUGCAGAUAGACCCCGAGGUGAUCGAGCAGCUUCGGGACUUUUAUAGACCUUAUAAUAUCAAGUUCUAUGAAACAGUUGGGCAGGACUUCAGGUGGGAAUAAGCGUCCGGGAGCAGAGCUGCGGUGACGUGAGGCUGCAGUCUUCCAUGAAGGGGGGCUGGAGCCAGGACCCCCCGACCAGCCCGUCCUGCCCAGAGGCCAUGAGCAGAGGCAGGCGAGGGGCUUCCCCAGCCCUGGGGAGGCCAGGAUGCUCCAGAGCAAGUGGAGAUUGGGGAGACAGAGUCCUGCAGCAGCCGCUGAGGGAUGGUGCCCAGCAGGCACUGCCCAUCCCGGCAGGUCAGCAGUGCCAGGGCUGGCUCCGUGGGGUCCCAUUUGAUUUUACUGCCAUGUGGUCCCCAGGGUCUUGGUGAUGGUCCUGUCCUGCAGCUUAUCCAUGGGCUGCUCCAAAGCACGUCCCUCCUCUGUGUCCCAAAGCAAACGGGUGCUCCUGGACACCCCUGCCUACCCCGUGGGGCCACAUCCCGCCCUGGUGCUGGGGCAGGCAGAGCUCCAGCCGCUCCACUUCGCCUUUCAUCACUUAAGUGCAGUGUGUGACCAUGAGGACAGUGAGAUGUAUCUGCUUGGAAAAGAAGUUUAUCAGAGAUGUUGUACCGAUAUUUUGUCCUGUGAAUAAAGCACAGAAUCCUGCUGUUACGGGUACUUCAGCAGCACCAGUGUCCUUGUUCAGCAUGUCACCCCUUCCUGUGAAUAAAGCAGCUACCACCGGU